CGCGAAACCCCAUCUCUAAAAAAGUGAGAAUGGCAAAUUGUUAAGAAGAAGCAUUCUAACCUUACAGCAUUGAUUUUACGCCAGCGUAUUUUGCGAAAAAGUUUGUAAAAAUGUUCCAAAACAGCGCUGCCCGCCUCCUGGUCCCCGCUAUUCGUAGCGCCAUGCAGAGCCGUUGCCAGUCGGUCGUCUCCGGACCUCCGACUCAGCACGUCUCCACCGCCGAGAAGUUGAUCCUCGGCGGCGGCAUGUGCGCUGCAUCCCUGUUCAUUCCCGCCUGGGUGCUUUACCACAUCCGGGACUACAAGGGCGACAAGUAAUCUGCAUAUGAUACCACACAUAGUUAAUACCCUGUAAAGUAAAGAGCAUCAAUACAUAAAUAGUGCCCCUGCUAAAGGGAAAUAAACUAUAACGCAUUGGGCCACAAA